UUAUAAUUUAUUAAGUAGAAGAAAGAAUCCAACCGCUACCGUCCAAAAACCACGUGCCCUAAUAAUCCAACGGUCAUUAUCGAUCCACGAACAAAAAUGGUAUAACGGACCAACGAACUGGUUGGUCUGUACGGACAAAGGAGAUGACUACUCACGAAAUCACAGCUCCGCUUCUAAUUCAGAAAGACGAAGCCUCCCAACACGAUGCGAUAUUCGAUUCAAGACUGCCGGGACCUUCCGCCGAAGAAAAUUCUCCGAUCGAGGAAGUCGCGCUCACUGUUCCGGUCACCGACGAUCCUUCUUCACCGGCCGUCACUUUCAGGACAUGGGUCCUCGGGAUCUUUGCUUGCGUUCUCCUGUCGUUCCUCAAGCAAUUCUUCUGGUACCGAAAGGAGCCUCUUUCUCUAACUUCGAUCUCGGCUCAGAUCGCGGUUGUCCCGCUUGGACACCUGAUGGCCUCGAUGAUUACCGAUCGGGUUUUCUUCAAGGAUAAGAAAUGGGAAUUCACGCUGAAUCCAGGGCCGUUCAACGUGAAAGAGCAUGUUCUGAUCACGAUCUUCGCUAACUCGGGAGCUGGGAAUGUGUAUGCCAUCGACAUCGUCAGCGCUGUGAAGAUAUUUUACAAGAAAAACCUCACGUUUUUCGUCGCCUUGUUAGUUGUUCUAACCACCCAGGUUCUCGGAUUUGGGUGGGCUGGGGUGUUUCGGCGCUAUUUGGUGGAGCCCGCGGCUAUGUGGUGGCCCCAGAAUCUCGUCCAGGUUUCUCUUUUUAGGGCAUUACACGAGAAAGAGAAGAGGCCAAAGAGGGGGUUAACUCGGAAUCAAUUCUUUCUAAUAGCCUUUAUAUGUAGUUUUGCUUACUAUGUUUUUCCAGGCUACUUAUUCUCAAGGCUAACAUCUCUCUCCUGGUUCUGCUGGAUAUUCCCAGCUUCCAUCCUUGCCCAUCAGCUGGGUUCAGGACUUCGUGGCCUCGGAAUUGGUGCUUUCGGGUUUGAUUGGUCUAGUAUAGCUUCUUACCUCGGAAGCCCGCUUGCCAGCCCAUGGUUUGCUACUGCAAACGUAGCCGUUGGUUUUGCCGUUGUGCUCUAUGUCAUCGUACCUAUUGCUUACUGGCUCAAUUUCUACAAAGCCAAAACAUUCCCCAUUUUCUCAGAUGGCCUUUUCACAUCCACUGGCCAACGCUACAAUGUUUCAGCUAUAACUGACUCCAAGUUCCACCUUGAUAUGGAUGCAUAUGAACGCCAGGGUCCUCUUCAUAUGAGCACUUUGUUCGCUAUCACCUAUGGUUUUAAUUUUGCAUGCCUUACUGCCACCAUUGCUCACGUUGCUCUCUUUCAUGGAAGACAAAUAUGGGAUCUAAGCAAGUCUGCGUUUCAAGAAAAGAAAAUGGAUGUGCACACAAGACUCAUGAGAAAGUAUAAACAAGUUCCUGAAUGGUGGUUCAUGUGCAUCCUUUUUCUUAACAUAGCAGCCACCAUAUAUAUAUGCGAGUAUUACAAUGAUCAGCUCCAGUUGAAGUGGUGGGGUGUCUUGCUUGCAUGUGGCAUAGCAUUUUUUUUCACUCUUCCUAUUGGAGUUAUCAAAGCCACAACUAAUCAGCUACCAGGCUUGAAUGUAAUCACAGAGUACAUCAUUGGAUACAUUUACCCAGGUUACCCUGUUGCUAACAUGUGCUUCAAGGUCUAUGGCUAUAUAAGUAUGAAACAGGGAAUAGCAUUUUUAGAAGAUUUCAAGCUAGGUCAUUACAUGAAGAUUCCUCCUAGAGCAAUGUUCAUGGCCCAGGUUGUGGGAACUGUUGUAUCUGCCUUUGCACAUCUAAUGACAGCAUGGUGGCUCAUGGACACAAUCCCAGACAUAUGUGACAGGGAUUUGCUUCCAGCAGAUAGUCCCUGGACUUGUCCCGGAGACCAUGUGUUUUAUGAUGCUUCUGUCAUCUGGGGCCUAAUCGGACCUCGUAGAAUCUUUGGAGAUCUUGGCUUUUAUUCAUCCAUUAACUGGUUUUUCUUAGCAGGUGCUGUGGCAACCGUGUUAGUUUGGCUUGCGCACAAGGCCUUCCCGGACAAGCAUUGGAUUGCACUCAUCAACAUGCCUGUGAUCUUAGGAUCAACAAUCAACAUGCCCCCAGCUACGGCAGUCAACUACACCAGUUGGAUUCUGAUUGGAUUCGCCUCGGGAUUUAUUGCUUAUAGGUACUACCGUAGCUGGUGGAGCCGCCACAACUAUGUGCUGUCCGGGGCUCUUGAUGCUGGUUUAGCCUUCAUGGGGGUGUUGCUGUACUUGUGCCUGGGGAUGGAGCAUGUGAGACUCAAAUGGUGGGGAAAUGGCUCAGAAGGUUGUCCUUUGGCUUCUUGCCCAACCGAACAAGGAAUUGUGGUUCAUGGUUGCUCAGUUCUGUAAAGCAAGUGUGUGAUAGUAAACUAUUUAUCUGUUUGAUUUUUUCCACUGUAUAAGUCUGUAUAUAUACAGUUAUUCUUUGUAAAAUGCUUUCAAUGAAAACAAAUUGUAGCAAAACUCUGUCAAAUGUAAUUUUGGUUUGUUAA